AUGGAUUUUCCGUCUUCUCUUCGCCCACUUCCUUCUUCCUCUCCUCCCGCUUCCUCGCCUUCUCCUUCCUCUCCUUCUUCUCCUUCCUGUCCGUCUUCUCCUUCUUCUCCUUCCUGUCCGUCUUCUUCUUCUCCUUCCUCUCCUUCUUCUCUUUCCUGCCCUUCUCUUUCCUGCCCUUCUUCUCCUUCUUCUCCUUCUUCUCCUUCCUGUCCGUCUUCUCCUUCUUCUCCUUCUUCUCCUACCUCUCCUUCGCCUUCUUCUUGUUCCUCGUCGCAACCGUCAGGGUGUUCUCCUGCGGCCCAUGCUCGGCGGUUCUGGUUGUUUCAUCCGACAGGCGUGGCGGCGUCGAUAUGCGCAGAGUCGCCCUCCGUGAGCCUGGCCUGGUGCCGAGACAGGCGAGGGAGCGGGGACCCGGACCGUCGCGGGGACAGAGACAACGAGGGCCAGGCGCUUCUCCUGCGCUGGUUCAAAUCAGAUGCCGGUUUGCAUCUCACCAGUGGGGCAAUUGCAGGCGCGGUCUCGCGCACAGUGACUGCGCCUUUGGAUCGGAUCAAGGUGGUGCUCCAGCUGCAGCGCGGCAACCAUCUGACGCGCGUGGUCCAGUUCAAGCAGGCGCGGGAGGAGGCUGCGUGCGAAGCAGCCGCGCGCGUGGCGGCAGGCACCCAGGAGGAACGCGCGAGGGCGGAGCGGCGCUCGGCUCCGGGAGGGCCGGGCGGCGGAGAGGCGGGGACGACGCAGAGCGAAGACAUCUUCGAGCGCCACAGAAGACGCGCUGCAGAGAAGGGAGCGCGCCGGUGCGAAAGCAGGAACCGGGAAGGCGUCGCGCCUGCAGGCUGUAUCGGGACUGUCCCUGCGCCGACUCUGACUGUGUUUGACAAGUUGCUGUGUGGAGGCGCAGCGGGGAUGAUUGCGCAGUUCACCAUCUACCCGAUGGAGAUUGUGAAGACGCGACUGGCGGCGUACUCGCCGACGUGCCGGUACGACGGCAUCGUCGACUGUCUGGUGAAAACCUUCCAACAGGGCGGCCUGCGGAGCCUGUACAGAGGUCUGGGGCCGUCUCUGCUCGGCAUCAUCCCGUACGCCAGCAUCGACCUCGCUCUCUUUGACACUCUCAAAGGCCUGUACGUGAGCCGCGUUCUUCUGCCCAAGCUCCUGAGCGAAGAGGAAAGAGCGGCGCAGGAGGCGAGACGGCAACGACGCGAGGCAACUGCGAGGCACGAGCCGGGACCCUCAGAGAGUCCCGAAAGCCAGGCUCUCGGCCAGUCCUCCACUCUCUCGUCGUCUCUCGCCGCGUCGUCCGAUGCCCGCCCCGCUGCCCGAGGUCACGGUUCAGAUCUCCCAGAUUCGGGUUCGCCGUCGUCGCACCUGUGUUCGCGGAAGCCGUGCGCAGUGUCGGACCCUCACGAAGCACACAAGAAGUCGGCGACGCCGAACGUUCUGGUGCUUCUUCUGUGCGGCUCCAUCAGUUCGCUCUGUGGCCAGGUGGUCGCCUACCCGACGGCUCUCGUGCGCACGCGCGUCCAAGUCGACGGCAGCGACGGCGCAGCAGCCAAGUACAAAAACAGCUGGCAGGCGGCGCGCUGUGCCUGGGCUGACGGAGGCGUGCGGGGGCUCUACAGAGGUCUGUGCGCGAACCUCAUGAAGGCUGUCCCUGCCGUCAGCAUCAGCUGGCUAGUCUACGAGAAGUCGAAAGAGGCGAUUCGCUCGGGCGUCGAAGCCUACGAAGUCGGGGAGCGGAGCCGCAAGUGA